UUGUCCCGAUGACGGGGGAUGUUCUGACAGUUUGCGCCUUUUUGGCGUUGCGCCGUUUCAGCCUGCGACGUUUUGUUUGCGCCGAAAAAGAGAUGUGGCGAAGUGGGAGAGCAAAGUGAAUGACUUUAAACUAUUUUUUAGUGAUCCUGAUUUGGUUACGUUGCGUUUAGUUGCUUAAAUAAUAUACCUAAAUUUCUUUGCUUAUAGGGAUUCUCAAUAAGUUAGAUAUCUCAUGUAUAAAUUAAAUCCAUUUAGCUUUAAUUUUUAAAAAGUUAUUUCAGAUAAAGAAUAUUUUAAAAAUUUUAAAUGUCAACUGCCGUUUCCCCAGCAUUAUCUAUGGAUGACUGGAAAGCAGAACUUAAUCUACCUACUAAAGACCUUCGUUUUAAGACUGCUGAUGUAACAGCGACUAAAGGUAUCGAGUUUGAGGAAUUUGGUUUGUCACGCGAUCUUCUGAAAGGAAUUUUUGAGAAGGGAUGGGAGAAGCCGAGUCCCAUUCAGGAAGCUUCUAUUGCAAUAGCUCUCUCAGGGCAAGACGUUUUAGCUCGAGCUAAGAAUGGAACGGGUAAAACAGGGGCGUAUUGUAUCCCUUGUAUUGAGAAAAUUGAUCCUUCGAGGGAAUAUAUACAAGCUAUGGUUGUUGUUCCAACUCGUGAAUUGGCCUUGCAAACUUCACAAAUCUGUGUGAUGGUUACAACUGGUGGUACUGAUCUUCGUGAUGACAUUUUGCGCUUGAAUGGUGUUGUUCACUUAGUUGUUGCCACUCCGGGAAGAAUUCUUGAUUUGAUGGAGAAGGGUGUUGCGAAUGUUACUCGUUGUAAGACUAUUGUUCUUGAUGAGGCUGAUAAACUUCUGUCACAAGAUUUCCAAGGUGUUCUUGAUCGUCUUGUGCAUUUUAUGCCUGCUGACCGUCAAAUUAUGCUUUACUCUGCAACUUUUCCGCGAACUGUUGAAUCUUUUAUGGAAAAGCAUAUGCAGAGGCCUUAUGAGAUUAAUUUAAUGGAGGAAUUGACUUUGCUUGGAAUCACUCAAUUUUAUGCUUAUGUUCAAGAGAAGCAAAAAGUUCAUUGUUUGAAUACUCUUUUUCGAAAGCUUCAAAUUAAUCAAUCAAUCAUUUUCUGCAAUUCGACUCAACGUGUAGAAUUACUUGCAAAGAAGAUAACUGAACUUGGUUAUUCUUGCUACUAUAUUCACUCUAAGAUGGCUCAACAACAUCGAAACAGAGUUUUUCAUGAAUUUCGUCAAGGGCAUUGCAGAAAUUUGGUUUGUUCGGAUCUGUUAACGCGUGGAAUUGACAUCCAAGCAGUCAAUGUUAAUUGGACGGUUUGA